GAAUACGAGUCGUUAUACGGAAAUUCCCAAAUACCCAUCAGCAUGUGAAUGAGUAACGCGUUCGCGUAAGCUCAAGAAGAUACAAAAUAAUCAUUAGUCGAAUCUUGUUACAGGAUGCGGGAAAACGAGUUUCCAACUACAGCCAAGGAAGUUAAUUAACCGCGAUGCGACCGAAGUUCGAUGCAGAGACAUAUAAACCACGGCCAUCACUUGACAUGAGUCAGUCGUUGUAAAAAGCGGCGCAUAAAAGCUGUCCGUUAUAAUUGAGUCAAAUCUUACAGUAGGUACGAGUGCAAACAUCGGGUAUAUCAAUAAAGUAUUUAUUCGUCACCCCUUUCACUGUGCUUCGAACCGAACAGUGCGCGGUCGAUUUUUUUAUAAUAUAAUAGUACAUCAGCGUAACGAAUUCGUUUAUAAAAAUGCAUUCACAAUAGUAGAGAAUACAUUACCAUCAAGGAAAAAUUUGACAACUGUAAUAACGUGUUAGAAAUAUCCCCGAUUUUAACCGAGGGGUGCAAACGAGAACGAAUCCAAAGAAAAUUAUUCGUUGAAAGAAGAAUAUCGUAUACAAUAUACAAACAAAUAAAUAAAUUCAAACAAGACGGGUUCCGAAAUAAAUCACGAUGAAGAUCGGGUUAACGAUAACAAUUUGUUUCACGAUAAUUGCUGGCUUGAGAGCAGAGGAUCCAUGCGACAAGGAUGAAAAACUAUGGCAUCAUAGAUGUCCGGCGGACAAGGAUAACAACGACAUUUCCAUGUCUGAGAAUUGCAAUGAGUUCGACCCUGUUUCGGUCCGAGUAAGUUCUUGCGUUUCCGUGACUAUAUCGGAAACUGGAAUCGGACUGGAAAACGAGGUGGAAUCCCUGACAGUGGAAAACGUGACAAAAGAAUUGCAGCUCUCAACGAUUUUUAGUGUACAAAAUAUGAGGCUCAUAAAACUUUUGAACAUCGGUAACAUACCGAACAUCACACACUCCAGUUUCACAAGUGUCAACAGAAUAGGUCAACUUCGUAUAGAAAAUACGAAAAUCGAAUUUUUCGAGGAAACCCUAAAAAAAAUCAACAUCAAUGAAUUUAUUCUGAUAAACGUGACGAUCGAGAAAUUGCACGCCCUAGAAAUUUUCGACGUCGAGGGACUUAACGUAACGUUUAUCAACUGUCGGAUAACAGUCAACGGAGGUCCCGUCCAGCUCGAGAACUCUAAACAUGGAUCCAUCAAGCUGGUAAACACAAUGUUCGAGUUCGAAAAUUCGGGAAACAUGAGUCUGAAGGCAGAAUACGUCCAGGUAUUGAAUUGCACGUUUAUCCGCGCCUCCGUGAACGUCAUCAGCGAUUACAUCGACGUAAAUGACACAUGCGGCGACAACGCGAGCUCCAUGACACUCCGAUAUACCAAACACCUCGAGUAUAAUCGCAACGAAAUACUUAUUGAGAAAAUGCAUCAGCCUGAGAAAGCCAAAGAAGGGAAUCAGGUCCCCGAAAAAAACAAUAACUCGGUAGUCGACGAAGCGAAAGUUGCUAAAGGAGCAGCCGCGGGAAUUAGCUGUAGCUUAUCUUUAUGUCUCGUAGCAGUCUCGUAUAUUCUUACAAUUAGGAUGUAAUAUGUGUAAUGCAAAGGCUUGAAACUCGGUGAAAGAAAUUCCCAAAGUGGAACUCUUGAUUCUAAUCAAUCGGUAUUACAUUUUUUCUUUUCCUCUGGAAAAGCCUGAAAUUAAUUUAUUUUAUGUAUAGACAAGCGUUCGAGGACGAAUAAUCCCUACAAUUUGAAAACUCUUAUAAGAAUCUUUUAAAGAUACUUAUACAAUGGGCAGUAAAAGUUUCAAGGAAAAACAACUUGUGGUAAAAAAUCUGGAUUGGAUUUCGCUGAUAAUUUUUUACUUGGUCAUAAUCUGGGUAUUUGAUUUUUGUCAUAUUCGUAAUUUGCGCUCCAGUUUUCGAUGUUUUCAAUUUAUAGUGUUUGUAUAUAAAUUUCAAACUCAGUAACGAUCUUUAUUUUCCGUUUCUAUCGUUUCCAUAAUUUAUAAACGUGUAAUGGUACGAUACUUGCUUGGUAGCAUUUAGCAAAAAUCUUAUCCAAAAUAAAGAAUAAUCAGACCGUCCGUUUUCGAAAAACAUAGUAGAGCUCGACCUAUUGACAUUUUUCAUGUUUAUUUUUAUUUGUUAUCUUAUAAGUUUUUUCAAAAGUUUCCCUGAAUCUUAUUAAGGUAUUUGAUUUGCUUGCGAAAACCGUGGGCCAUAUUUUUUUUUACGCCUGCCGCUUAUAUUGCUGACCAUUCGUUAUUACGUAAAUAUCUAUAUUUUUAGACUAGGCAACAUUUCCUUCACAUUUUUUAUCAGUUAGUCAUAAUUCAAUAUGUAUUUUUUUCCUGAUCUCCUCCACAUUUAGAACCCGAAUGGGGAAAAUAUGUUACUGACAAUGAAACACUAUCAAGAACAUAUAAGCACAUUUUUACAUCCUUAUACAGGGUUUGUAACUCACCCAAGCAGUCUCAGUUUUUAUUAAAUUAAGUAAGUAAUUCCUCUUGCAUGGCUAAUUUAUUUUCAUCGUAUUCAUACUUCAAUACUUUUAAAUUGAUAUUGCCUACUAGUAUAUCUUGAGAAUGAUCACUACGCAAUUGAAUCCAAAAAAUAGAUUUCACUGUCAAAAAUUCGGAAAAACUUUAUUCCAUGCAUGGAACAAUCCAUAGAAACCGCAUUUAUCACUAUUAUUAGGGUUCCAACACGGGCUUAGAAUUGUUUAGAAAGUCUAGGUUAGUUAUCUUCAUUUCACAACUGUAAUAAUAUAACGUACAUGUGCAACGAAAUUUUUUCAAUAAAGUUGUGCCA